UUGGUUACGUGCGAAAAAAUGUUCGCAAUUUAUGAAUAUUGAUCUUUCAAACUCAGGCACUUCCCCUUUAGCUGCAAUACUUGUUUUUUUUAGUUGGUUCUUGAGUGGAAUUGUUUGUGCUUAAGUUAUGCAUUGCAUAUUUUUAACAGGAGAUGCUAUUGUACAAAAUGGGGCAACCAGCAUGGUUGGCCAGUGUGUCAUUCAGCUUGCAAAAUCUCGUGGUAUUCACAGCAUUAAUAUUAUACGGGACAGUCCUGGGGUUGAUGAAGUUAAAGAAAGACUUAAGGAUUUGGGCGCAGAUGAAGUUUUCACUGAAAAUGAAUUGGAAGGGAAGAAUGUCAAGAGUCUUCUGGGUGGUAUACCUGAACCUGCACUGGGAUUUAACUGCGUUGGCGGCAAUUCUGCUUCUAUGGUUCUAAAAUUUUUAAGACAGAGAGGAACUAUGUUGACAUAUGGUGGAAUGUCUAAAAAACCUGUCACUGUAUCUACUUCAUCCUUCAUAUUUAAGGACCUUUCCUUGAGAGGUUUCUGGUUGCAGAAUUGGAUAAGCACAGAUAAAGCUGAAGAAGGCAGAAGAAUGAUAGACAGGCUUUUGGGUCUUGUACAAGAUGGAAAGUUAAAAUAUAAGAUGGAAUUGACUCCCUUUAACGAUUUCAAUACAGCAUUGGAUAAAGCUCUAGGAAAACUUGGGAGCCAACCCAAGCAAGUUAUCAAAUUCUAAAUCGAAACGUGGGAUUGGAUUUAAGGCGUGUGGUUGAUAUUAAUUUUUGCGAGGAAGGAGUUCUGCAUUCUAUCUCGCUGUUAAGUACACACUUGUAGGAAUCUCGUGCGUAUAGUUAGGAAUAACAAUUGAAUUCAUACUUGAUGGUUACUUCCGAAAAAUACUUAUGAUAGGAUAAUUACUUUAAGCUUCAUAGAGUUUCAUGAGUUGUUUUUUAAGUUUUCAUAUACCUAGCCAACAUCUCAAGACUACAAAAAGCUUUAAUGUUAUAAUAGCAAUUGUUCACUUGUUUCAACAAAGAAAAGAAGCUAUU